CAGGUGACUGCUGCAAAGUUUAAACACAUGUAAGUUAUUGUCCUUUAUUUUUUUCAGACAUUUUACUUUUACACCAUUUACCUCAGGCUCCCUACAAUCUAAAGUCCCGUCUCUUCACAAAACACAAAGGUCAAUUUCCUUGGGGCCAAUUAGUCGCCCUAUAUGUUAUUGGUGUGUGGGAGGAAAGAAAGAAGUCGUGAGCUACUAUUCCCUACGGAGAACUGCAAGUACCAGCUGCUACACUUGCUAGGGAAUGCAAAACUUUCUUCUUUUCGUAACAGUAGUUGGUCCCUAUUGUCUUGUAUGCAUAGCAUUCCAUAAAGGUAGAGGCGCCCACAAGGGUAAAUGAGGGGCUAGUGGUGCUGCCGAGGGUCAUAUGUGAUGCCAGCUUAACCUCCUACAACAUACAUGAAUGCUGGCGCAUAGAGCUGACUGGCAUAAGGUAAAUUUGCAGGACAUAAUCCAACCGUCUAUACACAAUUACAUGAAGUCCUAGCACUAGACUAAAAAGAGAAUGGAUCUGAUUUCUCUGGACAUGGGGUCUAUCCUUCACAUCUUGAAACGACAUCUCCCAGAAUCCCUGACACCCUAUAACUAGGACAGCAGGACAGACACACUGAACACUGUCCCACUAGCCUGGUAGAAAAAGAAAAAAAAACACAAAUAAUAGGCGGGGUUGUAGAAAAGGGCGGGGUAUAUGUCAUGAUUUGUAAAGCAUUUGCUCCUCAGAGCACCCACCCUUUGCUCCAUCCCCCUACAGAGGACCCCCACCUCUCACACACACUUACACAAAAAAAAGUUUCAACAACAAGCGGCUGGGCCAAUAGCAUGGGGAGAAACCGGGAAAGGGGCCGAGCAAAGUGCAAGGGAUGAGGAGAAAAGCAGCGCACUAGGCAAGGCUGGAGUACAAGUUGUACGCACGCUGCUGGGUUGGAGUUGUUUGUUUGCUUACUCUUUGCACGCAGACUGACAUGUAACUAGCGCACGGUGUGAGAGACUGGAGAUUCCUGUACUUGAUGUGCGCUAAGGCCCCCCCCUUCCUUCACAGAGUGGGACGCGCUGCUAGGGGAGCAUCAGUGCACAGUCGGCGGCAGCGCACUCUUCUUUUCCCUCUCUUUCUCCUCCCCUUCUGCAGAAAGUGAAAAGACCGGGGCUUAUGUGAGGCGCUAGUGAUUGAAAAAAAGGUCGCGGGAGCCGCUGAAGCAAGUUUUGGGGAUAGAGGAGGAAGCAGAGAUCGGCGGCAUUUUAUUGGCCUCCAUUGCAGAGAAUGCGACCUGCAUGAGAAUGCAGCCUGGGAACCUGUCGCAAGCCAACGGGACGUCCCUGUUGCUAUUGUGAGAGCCGCUGAGCUCCGGCCCCCAGCUGUCCGGCUUGUGUGCGUGGAUUCCAUGCUGUGAGAGUCCUGCUCUUCCCCAUGCGGAGUGUGAGGAGCCCGGAGAAGCGCUACUGCUGAUCUUUGUGUCAUUCCCGCGGAGGAGGAAGAGGCGAUGGCGCUGCUGUGCGUGCUGCUGCUGCUGAUGGGAUCUCUGCUCGGGGGAUCGUGGGGCCGGCGGCUAAUCUGCUGGCAGGCAAUGAUGCGGUGCCAGGAGGAAGCGGAGUGCAGCUAUGCCUACAGACAGUAUGUAGAUGCGUGCUCGUCGGUGCUGCCCAGGCCGGGGGGAGAGGCCGCCUCUUCUUCAUCAUCAUCCCGGCGCCGGUGCCCCAGCCACUGCAUCUCUGCCCUUAUCCAGCUCAACCACACCAGGUGGGGACCGGCCCUGGAAGACUGCGACUGCGCCAUGGACGAAACUUGCCGCGCCACCAAAAGAGCCAUCGAACCGUGUAUGCCGAGGACCAGCACGGACAGCGGAGCCGGCAGCACUUCCAACGGCCGCGGGGUGAUGGGCUGUAUGGAGGCGCGCAAGUUGUGCGAGGGAGACUGGCGCUGCGGGAUGUCCCUGAGCCGCUACCUGACAAAGUGCGGCCGCCUCUUCGACGGGCUGCGCUGCACGGACCAGUGCAAAGAGGUGAUAGAGGACAUGAUGCGGGUGCCCAAGGCCAUGCUGCUCAGCGAGUGCGAGUGCGACGGACACGAGAGGCCCAUCUGCGAGUCCAUCAAGGAGAACAUGGCCCGCCUGUGCUUCGGCCUGGAUGCGAGCAGCGGGAGAUCAGACGAUUACUAUGAUGAUGAUGAUGAUGAGUAUGAUGAUGAGCCCGUCACCGGGGGAGGCCCGCAAGUGGAUAAUCAGGAGGACACCGGCAGUAGGGCGUCGCACAGUGGGGCACAAACUGCUGCCUCUGCAUGGACUGACUGCAUGCUGCCCAUUGUGAUAUCACUGGCUGUCCUACAGCUCGGCACAUAGCGACACAAACUCACUUGAAACACUGGGCCUCCAUAAUAAAGCCACUUGGCCCCCUGGGACUCUCUACAACGGAGAUACUAGGGGACUACAUCAAACUGGACUCAGGAAUGAUGCUGCCCAGUAUAAUUAGAACCCCCGAUGGAGGAUAUUGCUGCCAGUUCCAUCUUGUGUUUCAUUGGAGACCAUUGCUCCUAAUCCAUCACCUUGAUAGCCUUAUGUAACUGGACAUAUCCCCAUGGCUUCUGAGUGUUUGGUGAUCCCCACAUACUGCUCCUAUUCCACUGGGUGCUGCUCAACUCCAGACCCCACAUCAACAGCUUUGGUUGUUGAAGGGUUAAUGGGAGCUGUUGUUAAUGAACAGCUGGGGGGCUGCAGGUUGCACAUGUCUGGCCUACUCUUUACUAGCACCUUUUGUAUUACUAUGCAGCAGCUGUGCUUUAAUAUAGCAACAGUGGUGUGUACAAGUGGGUAUAUAAGUGCUCCCGCCAUCGCCUUGCCAGUUUAGGAAUUCUGGCACAUCCACUGUAGUGGUAUCCUUCACCCAUGUGCACACAGGCUCUUGGGAAUUUCACCUUGAGCAUCUAGAUGAAACUAGACAGUUGUAGGUCUUAGUCUCCUUUAAAAUCUUGAUCUAGCAUCUGAAAUGCCUUUCUGCUUUUUAAGACCCUGUUUGUGUCACUCUAACAAUAACCAGGGCAACUAGCUGCUUAUUUGGCUUUUGUCAAGAUGACAAAAUAAGCCAUCCAAAUACGCUGCCAAAACCACUGCCUUACAAGUCCAAAUUUCCCAUCCUGAGAUGGAGUUAAUGGAUAUGCCUGCCAUAUUGCUUUUAUGUCCUUAAGCCAGUCUAAAGGAUAGGGCAAUUACGUAAUAUAAAGUACAUUUUUCUUCAUAUAUAUAUAUAUAUAUAUAUAUAUAUAUAUAUAUAUAUAUAUAUAUAAUUGACCCAGAAUUAUUUUUUUUUAACAUGCAUUGGUGUACAGUCACGUGUCAUGGUCAAAGAAGUAACUUUGGGGUAAUGUAUAGUUCAGUGUUUUAUUGUGUUUUGGUGCAGCUAGAUCCUAUUUAUGUUAGUGACAUUUUGUUUCCACUCAAAAAAGCUGCAAUUUCCUUUGACUUUUUUGUGCAUUAAGGAAUCUAGUUACUGCCCUUAGAUAUGCAAUAUAUUAAUAAAAUGCAACAUUUUUGGGGAAAAGUGACUAACCCAUACUCGAUGUUUGGUAGGCACUCCAUAGAACUUAGUGGAACACAAUUUUUUAUUACUAGACGGCUCCUCUAUUGACGUUGAAGGAUCAAACAGCGGUGUAAUAGUUUGCCCCCAUAUUGUGCCUUUCAACUUGAAAUAUAUCACACUUGUAUGACUUUUGUAUGAGAAAAGAGUUGUGGCCUUAGUGGAACGAUACUUUUUCUUUGCACCAUCUGCAUUCUCUCAAAACCUUAGUUAAACUGAACAGAACCUUGUGUUACACAGCUGUGCACUGCCGUUUGAGAGCGCUCAUUUUAUGAAUACCCUUUAAAUAAAAAUAUACAGAGAAAUAAAUAUUGUUAAUAGAAAUAUCAAAGUGAUCCUUCCUGGUUACAGUAAACCUAUAAAUAGUGUAUUUAAAUAUUUGCAUUUGUAACUCAUGACUUUACAUUUGUACAUAUUUUUUUUAUAUAAAUUGUAUUCUCUGAUGAAUAAUUUAUUUAUAAUAUAGAGAUGAAUUUUAUGUGUUUUGCAAACAAAUUUUUUGACAGAGAAGCUACCGUUAAAGAAAAAACAAAAUCAGAAAUGUGCUUCAAAUGUACAGUGUAUUUUAUAGAUUUCUUGAAGUGAAACCUAUUUUUGCAGAGAAUUUAUGGACUUUGUAGAAAUGCAUAAUGUUGUCUUCUUGGAGAUAUUGCCUUACACGUUUGUAUUUUUAUAAAUGAAAUAAUAACAGUUUAUUCAGAAA